AUGCCAAUUGAGGCACUCCCAGUCGAGAUCCUCUGCGUGAUAUUCCACUAUGUAGGCAGUAAGGAGCUCCAAAAGCAAGAAGCCCGUUGUCUUUUGGUCUGCAAAUGGUGGUACGCAGUCGCAGAGCCCAUCCUAUAUGAAGACCUAGUCCUCAGCACCAACCACUUCCUCCAAAUGCCCGACUCUGCGGCAAAGAAGCUCGUUCAAUAUGCACAGCAUGUCCAAAUCUACACAGAUUCACGACUAGACUGGCCGAGUGACAAUCCGGAAUAUCUGCUAGGGGAGCGCCUCAAAAUGCUGCUGCCCCCGGGACAUGGCGCUUCAGCUCCAGCUCCGGCUCAAUUGGAAUCAUUUACCUUGCGGACUCACACCCCGUAUGAUGGCGCUAGGCUUCUGAAUCCCCGGCAUCGGUGUCUGCCCAAAUGGUCGCCAGUUGCGCUCGUAGAUUCGCUUGCCGUGUCCAACCUUGAGCAUCUGGUGCUUGAUACCCGGGACUCGAGGUUCAAGGGUGGGAUGCAUGUGUGUCCCUGUUUAGCGCGGAAAAUACCAUCGCUGCGAUCUCUGCGGUUGCGGAUGCGUAGGAUCUGCCCCCGGGUUUUUAAUAUGCAGCGGACAGGGACGGGGACGGGGAUGGGCACAUCUAGAAUUGAAAGCAUCAUUAUUAACGUCAGUCUCGUUGAGCCCGGCCAUACAUAUGGGAGGUUUAGUCGUCAUUGCACCAAGGUUAUGUCUACUUAUGGUUUGUUCAAUGAGAUGAUUAGGGCAGCUAGCGAGACGGUAAAGCAGACGCCCAGUCUUAGGCAGAUGAGGAUCCUGCGCCAUAAGAACCCGACUAUCAGUGUGUUGGCUCACGAUUGCGUGACUGGGCAUAGGACUGUUUUGCUUGGUGAUAGGCAGUGGGAUUGGGGUGAUCACGGGAAGCCGUUCAAUAGCGAGAUCCAUGAGAUUAUUUGUGAUCGGGAAACGGCUUCGAUAAGUAGUAUGGAUGAGUUUGUGGAUCAUGGCAGUGAUUGA